GGAAACAGAGUAAUCGGAAUUGCAGGUCCGGGCUUUCUGACAGUCUGCACACAUUUGGAUGUAAAAACACAAAAUGACAUUUUAGAAGAUCGCAGCAUGUUUCCUUUUUGCAAUAAACGACUAGAAGGAUGGAAAGUAAUCUCACCGCACACAUGAGAGAACUGUAACAUGGCUAGCAGCAGUUGAAAAUUGGGAUGCAGUGGCCAACAUGUCCAACAAAGAAGCUUCAGAAGGAAAUAAAGGCUCACACCAGACGCAGCUGUAUGUGCAGGUUCCCUCAACAUGCCUGCCAAUUGUUUACUCCCCAGAGUAUAACAUCACCUUUAUGGGUCUGGAGAAGCUCCAUCCUUUUGAUGCUGGCAAAUGGGGCAAGGUCAUCCACUUUUUAAAAGAGGAGCAGUUCAUCACAGAUGAAAUGAUCGUGCCAGCACGGGAGGCCAGUGAGGAAGAUCUUUUGGUGGUUCACACCAAGCGCUACCUGAACAGACUCAAGAACGAUAUCUUGGAAGGCUCAAGAGAGUGGUCUUUGGUGGUUGCCACCAUCACGGAAAUUCCUCCACUUAUAUUUCUGCCCAAUUUCCUGGUGCAGCGGAAAGUGCUGAGGCCAUUACGCACCCAGACAGGAGGAACAAUUAUGGCUGGAAAACUUGCCAUGGACAGAGGAUGGGCUAUAAAUGUGGGAGGGGGUUUCCACCAUUGCUCCAGCGACAAGGGAGGGGGUUUCUGUGCAUAUGCCGACAUCACGCUGGCUAUCAAGUUCUUGUUCGAGAGAGUGGACGGAGUCUCCAGGGCGACUAUCAUUGAUCUGGAUGCUCAUCAGGGAAAUGGGCAUGAGAGGGAUUUCUUGGACGACAGACGGGUGUACAUAAUGGACGUCUAUAAUCGUUACAUCUAUCCAGGGGAUGGAUUUGCUAAGAGGGCCAUUAAGAGGAAAGUGGAGCUGGACUGGGGUACAGAGGAUACAGAGUAUCUGCAGAAGGUGGAGCUGCAUUGUGAGGGAGCGCUGAACGAGAUCAGACCUGACAUAAUCGUCUACAACGCAGGCACAGACGUGCUAGAUGGAGAUCCGCUCGGAGGCCUGGCCAUUUCCCCACAGGGCAUUGUGAAGAGAGAUGAAAUCGUCUUCAGGGCAGCGCGGAGGAGAGGGAUCCCCAUUCUGAUGGUGACGUCAGGGGGCUACCAGAAGAAAACGGCUCGCAUCAUUGCUGACUCCAUCCUAAACCUGCACAGGCAGCGUCUGAUUGGUGGAGAGGUGCUGGAUGGGGCGGGGCCUUCCAUGGUGCCAGUCAUGAUGAGCAAGUCUGUUUCAUCAGGGUCCACCCUCAAUGUCAUCUGACACUUCCUGAUGAGCUUUGAUUGGUUAAUUUGUUUAACGCAUUAAUCUCCAGGUUUAUUAUACAGUUGUUAAUCUAAAAGCAAUAGGCAAAACAAAUCAAAUAUAUAUUUGCAUAAUGUUUGGUAAGUGAAGCUUCUUUAACAAGUCUAUUUGAGAGCACUUAACAGCUCUUUGUGGUCAAAAGCAAGAGUAUAGUGACAUAGGCAUGUACGGUGCUAACUGGUGGGCUAUUCAUUGUUAGCUACUUAGCAGUAUAGCUCCAAUGCCAAACUAAAGAAGUAAGCUACAGACACCAAACAUGUCUUGGCUGUUCAACUACAUAUAAGGUAAUUAUAUAAACUGUAUAAAUUAGAUUUUUUUUGCCAGACUAUGGCUAUUAAGCUCAUUAUACUCACUACUAUUAAAUAUUUUUUGGUAGUGGUACUUUGAAACUGAAAUGGUAAGCUAUGUAGUUCUAAGAUUGAGGAAUUGUUUCCUGGAGUUUAAUGAGUUAAUAGUAGUAGUCAUUUUUGUUCAGUAACAGAAGCAUUUAGGCCUGAGUUAGUUGAGGAAGAUGUGAGAUGUUAGAUGCGUGACAGUUAGACGAAGAUGACUGGUCUAAACUCUGAAACCGCUUCAGCCUAUGGUGCAUUACUGUAUAGUACUUUAACUAUGGAUCAAAUCAUUUUUAAUUGUUUUUUUCUUUACUUUGGUACUUUAUGCAAUGCUUAUUUGCACAUUAUAUCAUUGGGAAUUCGAUCUUAACCAAUAAGGACAAAACCUGCCAUAAUUUGAUGGGAAAAUUAAAUUUUUUGGUCCAUUGAGAAAUUAUAAAUUUGCUGCUCUACAUUUCCAAAAUAGGUGGUACUAAGUACCUCUAUGGUUACGCCACUAAUUUACUGAUAGAUUAAUGUCAUUUUCUUCGUCUAAAGUGUAUCUCUUCAUAAAAAUUACAUAAGCCUAAAGCAAAACUGUACUGAAUUCCUUACAAUUGUUAGCAAUUGUUAGAUUUUACUUAGUGUUACCAUAGUGUUAAUGUUACCUUAAAUUAUGUCCUGAUGUUUUCUAGAAGCAUUUGUAGUGACCAUUUAAAGGGGAAUUCUCACAGUUUUCCAAAACAUUUACGCAAUUAAGUUGUAAAGAUGCAGAAUCAUUCAGAGUGGUUUGAUGUGAAGUGGUUCAUUUUAGAGAAACUUUCCAACUCAGAUUUCUUUGGAACAAUGGUGAUACGAAACAGGGGUCAUGAUGUCUACAGCACCAGUAUAGCCAUUUUACUUACAAUACUAAACCCCAGUGAACCUAUAUGUAAAACUGAUAAUAGUAAAUUAGAGGUAAAUCUAAAGAUUUAAUCUCAAAGAUUUAGUGUCAGGCAUCAGGCAGUGCUCCCACAACCAUUUUGUGUAAUAACUUUCUGUAGCUUGAGAUAUUAAACAUUGCAGACAUUUUGUUCCAUGUACAUUUCUGACUUGGCAAUUUUCUCUAGAAUGGCAUAUACACCACUCUGACUCUUUAUACACCUUAAUGAUUUGAAUUCUGCAGAAAAUUUGCGAACUGUGUGCAAUUUCUUUUUAGGGAGGUAGGUAGUAAUUGGCAACACUGUAUGUUAAGACAAGGACUGUGAAUGUGAGUGGUAGUCUUUAAAUUUAGAUAGGGCAAUAUGACAGUGUAAUGUACUUCAAGACGUCAUCCAUCUAGACAUGAUAUUGGAGGAAUUAAAGGGAGCAAGUCAAAAAGCUUUUCAUGACCAGGUAAAAAUAUCAGGAGUGAAUUGCUCUCUUCCCCACCAUUGGUUCAAGUCAGCAGUCAGAUUCUUAUCAGUGAAUUAAUAAGCACUUUAUUGGUUUGGCUUUGUGGGUCUGACCCAGUGUAACCCUCAAAAAGGGAAAUGAAUUGCACUUAAUUAGUUGAAAUGCACAGUAAUGACCUGACCGGUGAACCCAAAGUCUUUUGGUCUUCAAAAGUCUCAAUAUUACGCUCCCACAGCGGUGUGAUGAAGCAGAUAAGGAUAUGAUACAGCUUGAACGUGCUGUUCAACUGAAGUGCAUGGCUGACUUCUCAGACAUUUGCCUUUUUUUUCUAAGCCUUCAUUUAAAAGGUGUCCUCCUUUAAUGAGGACCAUUUCAGGACCGUCGACGUGGGUGGACCUCAGGGAGCCGUGCCCAUCCAAUUAGACUGCUAGGCCCAUCCAAAAAUAGCCUGGUUGGCAUGUGAAUUAUAUAAGGAUGAUUUUUUGGUGAAUUAGAGUACAUGUACAUUAGGCACUAAAACUUUUGCAUAUGACUGCGUACCCAUGUACUUAGUUUAUAGCACUUUAGCUCUGCCCAUUCAGCCUGAAGUUAUAAGGAUUGUUUCAACACACACUGCUUUUUGAAUGAGGUGCUAUACAGGGCAACCAAUCAGAACAGCUCAUUUACAUCCAUCAGUCUUAAAAGCACAGUAAUAAAAACAUUCUAAGGGAAAAAGGGAGGUUGGAAAAUGGUCAUGUAAAAAUCAAUUCCAACUCUUUUUGAACAUAAAACCCCAUGUAAAAUUUAAGAUAUUAGGCCUCUAAUACAGUACACUGUAAAUAAACUGUGGUUAAGUAGCUUUUAAGCUGGAGAUUCAUUAACAUUCUUUGCUGUCCUACAGAAAUCCGACUGCCCGAUUUAUGAUUUGGAGUGUAGGCCGUUAGAGCUCUAAGCACCCACCCUCCUCCACACCUCCCCCAGCAAGCCUUAAGCAAGUCCUAACUCCUCAUUCACCUCAACCCACUAUCUGUGCUGGGACAUCUAGCAGUGAGGGAAUAUGAAUUACAGGUGCACAUUCCUCACAGGUCAUGCUUUUAUCCUCUUAAAGCUGCUUGUGGCCUCUCCUGACCAGAUGCAGCUGUUUACAGCCAGGAAGAGUUCAUCCGAGUUUACCGCUCACAAACUGCCGCUAGCCUGAGGGAAGCCAACAACAUAACAUGAUCACAAAACUUAAGAGUUUAACAAGACCAAAAGCACUUGAGUGGGUAAGACGUUUCCUCUUUCUUAGAUGUACAAGUUUCAGAGCGGUUAAUUUUUUUUUUUUUUUUUAUAGAGGUCCUUUUGUGUCUCCUGUCUUUUCGUUUUAAUGCUCUGUUGCUGGAGGGAGCUUGGUAAUAGCUCUUAAUGAGUGUGAUAAGACUGUGCACUCAAAGGGAUGUGUACUAGGCCAAGAUGAAAGAUGCAAAGCCUUUAGGCGAGCCUUCAGCCUGAUAGAUUUAUAAUGGAUUUCUGCAGUGAGAUAGCAAAGACUGAUUAGUUAGCACUUAGAUGAGGAGGGAGUGGAGGUGCUAGAUUCAGUACUUUAUAUGUGACCUUUCAGGUAUCAUUUGGAUAGACAGGUCAAUAAUAGGAUCAUUAGCAGUGUGUAAGAAUGAUCAUUAAUGUCAUCUUUCUUUAUUAAUAAGGUCUUACAACAGAGUUGUACGAUGAAGUCCUUUCUGUUUAUGCAGUGUUUAUUUUCACUUGACCUAAAAUUCAGUUCUAAUCACAAAAAGUAAAGCACUCAACUAUUAUCAGCUCUUAAAAAAAUUACAAAUGACUGUCCUGUCAAAAUUUCUGACAUUUGGUUGAAUACGUCCUUACAUACUAAUGGUAUGUAAGGAACACAUGGUGGUGGUGUCACAAGUUCUUGUUUAUAUAGUCACUACAUUUGACACAUCUGUAUGGUUUAUGUACUACACAUUAUGGUUUUAUUUUUUCAUUAUGACCCACAUUUGUAUGUAACUGGAGGUCUUUUAGGUGAUAAUCACUAUAAACUGCAUUAUGAGUUAAAGGGAAAAUCCACCAAAUUUCUGGAUAAUUUAGUCAUUAAGAUGUAAACAAAGAUGUGUAGAGUGGUUUGAUGUAUGAUGCGCCCUUCUAGAGAAGCCGACUGGGUCAGAAUUGUGGUGAUGAUAGGAACCAGAAGCAUCUGAAGCAUUUAUUGCGUCUUAAAGCCACCUCUCAAUGCUUUUAGAGGCAUUAUUUCAAAGCUAUUACUUGGCAUAGUUAUGAAUAUACUGCCCGAGACUGUUUUAUCAUAUAUUCCUGGAGGAAGGUGCAUGCAACUAGUUAUAAGACACAGUAGUCCUAACUAGUUUUUUUUUUUUAAACCAUCUGUUUACCUUUCUCAACAUUUACAUAUAAAAACUCUGCGAGGAGCGCACUAUGAGCCACUCUAUGUGCUCAUAUGUGAAGUGAGGUAUAUUGUAUAAAAGUCUAGAAAUAAGGUAACUCAUUUUGUAAUAUUCUUACAACAGUCUCAAUUAUGAUACAUAUAUGAUAUACUGACUAGCUUUAAGAUUUGCCUUGUCAGAGAGAUCAUUUUUUUGCGGUCUUUACUGUAUAUGCAUAAUGAAAGCUGACCCUGACAGUAUAACCUGUUAUGAAUGCUACUUAUAAAGCAGUAUGAAUAUCAACACAUGAAGGUAAUGGGAGGGAACGGUGGAGAUAAUGGCUACAGUGUUUAGGAUUCUUGAACCAUGGAAUUAAAACUGAUUUAGAGUUAGGACCUCCCGUAGGAUGCCCCAGACCUCCCAUUAUGUACUAAUACGUCUAGCAGUGCAUAAAGCCUAAUGCAAAGUGAAUAAACAGUAAUGUCAAAUUUGGAUUCUGAACAAAGAACAAGACAUUAAACCUCCAAUAUGUGUUCCCUAAAAUAAACCUCAUCUAUUCUUUCUGUGUGAAUUCUAAAGACUUACAAAGGACUUGUAUUAUUUUUUUCUUCAUUGAUGUGGGUGAUAUGUUUAACUGAUUCCUGCACUAAUUCUCCUCUCAGGGGAGCUUAAUCCAAUAUGUUUGGGUGUGCAAGUUUUAUGUAGUUCAAUACUCAUGUACUUCAUUACUGUACUGUUUCCAUGCACUACACAUUGUGGCGCCUUGUAAACAAUUAACAAAAGUGCCAAACAUGAUAUUUUAUUUAUGGAUUCAUGAUUUCUUUUGUACCUGGCAUUAACAUUUAUACCACUUCUAUGUGAGAAUGGGGCAAAUAAAUCAAACCUAAUUAUACGAUUA